CGCCCCUCGUAGAAGUAAUCGACAUCUUCUAUAUUCAAUGCACACAUAGAGAAGCAUGGCCGGGCCGGUGCGGCAACCUAUUGAUCUGGCCUCCCUGGAGCGCUACAUCGACAAUAAUGUGCCAGAAAUCAAAACUCCGCUUGAAUUGAAGCAGUUUGGCUUCGGUCAAUCGAACCCUACCUACCAGAUCACGGACUCCGCAGGUACAAAAUAUGUUGUUCGCAAGGCUCCGCCUGGCCGGCUCCUCAGUAAGACGGCUCACCGAGUUGAUCGAGAGUACCGCAUUAUCAGCGCACUGGGUCCGACAGACGUACCUGUACCAAAAGCAUACUGCUUGUGUGAGGAUGUCAGUGUCAUUGGCACACCGUUCUAUAUAAUGGAAUUUUUGGACGGGCGAAUGGUGACAGAGCCGCAUUUCCCGGAUUGCAGCCCAGAAGAGAGACUUGAGAUGUGGCGCGAUGCUGUACGGACACUGGCCAAGUUCCAUCGGGUAGAUAUCAACAAGGCUGGACUAUCAGGUUUCGGCCGACAUGGAGAUUUCUAUGACCGUCAAUUGAAGACGUUCGGUACGCUAUCAAAGACACAAGCAUUGGCCGAGGACGUGGAGACAAAGAAGCCCGUUGGGGAUAUACCUCAUUUUGAUGACAUGGUUGCUUUCUUCAAGCAAAAGUCCAAACAGCCCAAAGACAGAUCAACUUUGAUCCACGGCGAUUAUAAAAUUGACAAUCUGGUCUUUCACAAGACCGAACCCCGAGUCAUCGGUAUUCUUGACUGGGAAAUGGCAACCAUCGGACAUCCACUGUCAGAUUUUGUCAAUCUGACUGCUCCAUGGGUCUGGGCAGGAAAAGUCAGUGGUUCUGCACAUUCGAACAAGGGGAGUGAGGCCUUCAAGGCAGGUGCUACUCCAGGUCUUCCCUCCUUGGACCAAUGUAUACAGUGGUAUGCUGAAGUGUCUGGCUAUGAUCCGCGAUUGGAGCUGGCAUGGGGCAACGCCUUUGGAGGUUUCAGAGGCGCCAUCAUCAUGCAAGGUAUAGCUGCGAGAUAUGCGCGGCGCCAGGCAAGUGGCACGACGGCCAAGAACUACGCCGAACAAAUGGCCCCUUGUGGCGAGUGGGCCUAUAGUCUGGUGAAGAAGUUGGAGGACACGUCAGAUGGGAAGGCAAAGCUAUGAACCGUCAGCGUGAGGAUGAGUUUGGUUGGCGAGCCCGUCCAAAGGAAUAGGUCGUGAGCGGCGCGUGGCACUUAUUGCAGCAGCCUGUUCGCUUGGAUUAUGGAAUACGGCCAGUCAAUGUACAUACGUCCUAGAGCCAGACUAAAAAUCAUAGGAACCAACAGGCUGUUGCAGUAAAUCUCGUCUUGAGUUCCA